UGAAAAGCUUUAUCAGCGGAAACAACUGGUGCAUAAGUUGCAAGAGGAAAAUGUAUUCUUGGAUAAGAAUAAAAGAAUUAUGUUGCCACCAACUUAUGUCGAAGGCUUCCAUGAUCUGGAAACAAUUAAAGCAAUGAAAUAUGAUAAACUUGGGAAUACAAAUUUAUACAUCAGUAAAUUGUCUUUUGGUAGUGGACCACUUGGUGUUCAUUAUGGCAAUUUUGAUGAAAAAGAAGCGAUUGAAACUAUACGACAAGCUAUAAAAGAAGGUAUAAAUUACAUUGACACAUCGCCAUGGUACGGACAAGGAAAAUCAGAAAAGAUUAUUGGAAAGGCAUUAGAAGGAAUUCCUCGUCAAGCAUAUUACAUUGCAACUAAAGUCGGAAGAUACGAGUUGAAUGUUGAAAAAAUGUUUGAUUUUUCACGUGAAAAAACAAGAGAUAGUAUUAAAAACAGUUUGAGUAAUUUAAAAUUGAAUUACGUUGACAUUAUUCAGGUUCAUGACAUAGAAUUUGCUCCAUCUCUGGAUGUGAUAAUUUCACAAACUUUGCCGGAAUUAUCCAAACAAGUUGCUGACAAAAAAGCCAGAUAUAUUGGUAUUACUGGCUAUCCAAUUUCUGUUUUAAAAGAAUGCAUUGAACGUAGCAAUAUUGAUAUUGCAUGUGUGUUAACUUAUUCCAGGUUUACUUUGCUAGAUAAUUCUUUAAUCCAGUAUAUAGAAUUCUUUAAGAACCAUAAUAUUGGUAUAAUUAAUGCCUCUCUACUUGCCAUGGGCCUUUUAACGAGCAGUGGCCCUCCAUCUUGGCAUCCUGCUAGUGAAGAAAUAAAAAAUACUUGUUCAGAUGUUGCACGAUAUUGCAAGGAAAACAAUGUUGAAAUAAGUAAAUUAGCAGUGUGGUAUGCUAUGGAAUGUGAACAUAUAACUACAAGUUUGAUUGGUAUUCAAAAUAUGCAGCAAUUAAUAAUGAAUUUAAACGUAUCAAGAAAUGGUAUUACGGACAAGGAAAAAGAACUAUUAAAUUUGAUCAAAGAGAAUUACUUAAACCGAAUCGAAUUGAAACAUUGGGAAGGCGUAGAAUUAAAAAAAUACUGGCAAACUAAAGGCGAUAAAAAAAAAAUUAAAAUUAUUUGACAAUAAUUUUUAAGUGAACUACCAGUGAUCGGUAAAUAAACUGAUAUUUUUUAUUACUGCUUUAUCAACAGAAGUAUAACGCACAGGUAUGAAUAAUAUUAAUUAUAAUUGAGGAAAAAAGAUGUGUGUGUGUGGUAAUAAUUAACACUAAUAGAAUAUAAAAAUAAAUAUUAAUAUUAGUAAAGUUUGUUGUUAAUAAC